CUCUUCCUUCCCGUUCGUGGUUGUAUGUCGGCUCUUUAAUAACACAAGUAACCACUACAUCUUUACACUCAGAUAAAAACUAAAUGGUGUCCAGAAGGCUUAAAACGGGGUGCGCAAAACUCGCGAUUUUAAUUUGUUUCAUCAAGAUGUAAGCAGACGUUGAUGGGUGAAAACCACUUAACGCAAUGCUAGCCUAAAUAAAGUUAACGAGAAUUUAAAGAAGAAGUGAUGCACUUGACUCGAUGAUACAGUCUACAGAAAAUAAACACGUUAAGCAGAAUAACCAGUCCUGACCUGGAUAACUUUUCUGGAGCGCCUUCACCGCAGGUGUCUUUGGCGCCAUGGAAGGUUUUUGGAAUAAGAGUCCACUUUCCAUAGAGUUGGAGGAUCAAAAUUCGUGAGGAAACUGGAAGCGCUGUCCGUGGUGAGCGAGGACCAGUCCAUUUUCGAGCCGCCCUUCACUGCUGGCCCGAGCAUGCACAUGAAGGGGGAGAUGACGUCACCUGGAGGUUUCAGUCAGGCAUCUGAAGAGAGCCAAGAGCCCACCGAGGUCGAGUGGGCCGGGCCGGGCGCUCAGAACACUGGGAAGAGAGGAGAGCACAUUAAUGGAACCAGCCGUCAGUCCCCUGUGGACUGCAGUGUGACCAAGCGCUCCCGACACAUGAGCAGCAACGACCAGCUGGCCUACCAGACCUCGUACCCAGAGCCCCGCACCAGCCCGCAGACCGCCACCCCGCCCAACAGCGCCACGGAGGAGAAGAGGGUCAUAGUACCCGCAGACCCUGAGGUGUGGUCCCAGGACCACGUACGCCAGUGGCUGGACUGGGCCAUCAAGGAGUAUGGCCUGGAGGAGGUGGACGUCAUGCAUUUUCACACGCUGGAAGGAAAGGCCCUCUGCAAGAUGACCAAGGAGGAUAUGAUGCGCCUCACGUCCGCCUACAACACAGACAUCCUGCUCGGCCACCUCAACUACCUCCGACAGAGCAGCCCUACAUUCUCCUACCCCACAACUCCAACCAGCAACACACAGCAACAGCCCAGACUACAGGUUAAAUCAGAGAACAGCUUUGAGGAGAUCAACAGGAGGAACAGCUGGUCAUCAAGUCAAAUGCCACCUGCAGUACCCAAAGGUUCUCCUAUGGAGCAACAACACCUCACCAGAGUCACAGAGCCUCCCCCGAGAGUAGUGCAAGACCCAUACCAGGCAUUAGGCCCCAUCAGCAGUCGUCUAGCCAAUCCAGAAGACCAGCCCAUCCACUCCAAGAACCAGACAGGCAAACACAGUUCGUACAAGCUGUCUGACCCCAGCGCUCACAGGCCUGUGGGCUCCGGACAGAUCCAGCUGUGGCAGUUCCUGCUGGAGCUGUUGUCAGACAGCAACAACUCCAGCAUCAUCACCUGGGAGGGCACCAACGGAGAGUUCAAGAUGACCGACCCGGACGAGGUGGCGAAACGCUGGGGCGAGAGGAAGAGCAAGCCCAACAUGAACUACGACAAGCUGAGCCGCGCCCUGCGUUACUACUACGACAAGAACAUCAUGACCAAGGUGCACGGCAAACGCUACGCCUACAAGUUCGACUUCCAGGGCAUCUCGCAGGCCCACCAGAACCAUGCGGCGGAGGGAAGCGUCGUCAAGUACCAGACGGAGGUGUCCUACGCCCAGUCUUACCACAGCCACCAGCCCAAAAUGAACUUCAUGGGCACGCAUGCCGCGCCCAUGCCCGUGUCCCCAGGGAAUUUUUUCGGGCCCCCUACGACUUACUGGAACUCAACGAGCAGCCCCAUGUAUCCCGGGUCUCCAAUGCCGAGGCACCCGGCAACGCAUUCUCACCUGAGCUCCUACUACUGAGGCCUGAGUGUCUCCCAGCAGCCUGGACGGACAGGCGGAGCUUAUGAAACAGACUGAGAGCCAUUAUACCAUCCAGGUGUCUGGUCUGAAACGUCUUUCUUUAGUUGUAACGCUAUGUGGCACUUCUGUUAGAACACAGUGGAAAAUGGACAAUGACGUUUAAAGCAGAGACAGUUCAACUAAACCUUUUUAAUGCUCUCCCUUUUUUAAAUUCUCAGUUAAUGGGGGUUAAAAAAAUGUUCAUAUAUUAUGUGAUUCAGUUUAAAAACCAAGUCUUGUUAAUUCUGUAAGUAUUUUGUCUAUUAUGCAAUUGCAGGACCAAAAGAGACGUCAUCAUGACUGGAAAUGGGGGAAACUGAAAAGGUGUCAUUUGGUGUUGAUGACAAUGGUUCUAUUAAUUGAUCUAACAUUUGUAAAAGUAUAGAUGUACAGAAUGUUUGAUACACAUGCAGCAAUAAACCCAUUUAGAAAUACCUAUGUAGUAAUGCUAAUAAAGGAACAUAUAUAUAUUUCA